GAUCUUAUCUAUCCGCAGCACCAAUAAGAACUCUCGAGGCUGAUCGGCCAUGUCCAGUUGGGAAGCUAAGCUCGCGGCAGCACUGUAACAAACACCAACUUCCAUCAAUGGCCAGUGCUCUGGGUACCUCUUCUGCAACACACUUCUACUGUCGACGCCCUUCAUCUUCCAAAGCUCUCUCACGUUUUACAGAUUUUGGCGAAGGGAGGAAAUUCUAUGGAGGGAUUACAACGCCCGUGAAGAAAGGGAAACAUCUCUUACGCGUUUCAAUUAGCAAUGUGGCCACCGAAAUCAGUCCUGCUCAAGAACAGGCACAGAAACUUGUAUCUAAAGAUAGUCAAAGACCUGUAUAUCCAUUUGCAGCCAUUGUAGGUCAAGAUGAGAUGAAAUUAUGCCUAUUGUUAAACGUGAUUGAUCCCAAAAUCGGUGGGGUUAUGAUAAUGGGCGAUAGAGGAACCGGAAAGUCCACUACUGUUAGAUCUUUAGUCGACUUACUUCCAGAGAUACGAGUUGUAGCUGGAGAUGCAUACAACUCUGACCCCGAGGAUCCAGAAUCAAUGGGAAUCGAAGUUCGACAGAAACUAGUAAAUGGAGAGGAAAUUUCAAUAGUAUUAACCAAAAUCAACAUGGUUGAUUUGCCAUUAGGUGCCACAGAAGAUAGAGUUUGUGGAACAAUCGACAUAGAAAAAGCUCUAACAGAAGGUGUCAAGGCAUUCGAGCCUGGACUACUUGCUAAAGCCAAUAGAGGAAUUCUUUAUGUAGAUGAAGUCAAUCUUUUGGAUGACCAUUUAGUUGACGUGCUAUUGGAUUCUGCUGCAUCAGGAUGGAAUACUGUUGAAAGGGAAGGGAUAUCUAUUUCGCAUCCAGCUAGGUUCAUUCUUAUUGGUUCAGGAAAUCCAGAAGAAGGAGAGCUUAGGCCACAGCUUCUUGACCGAUUUGGAAUGCAUGCUCAAGUUGGAACCGUUAGAGAUGCUGAGUUGAGAGUGAAGAUUGUGGACGAAAGAGGUCGGUUUGAUAGAAACCCUAAAGAGUUUAGGGAUUCUUAUAAGGAAGACCAAGAUAAGUUGCAGGAGCAAAUUGAUUCAGCUAGAAGAUUCUUAUCAACGGUUGUGAUUGAUCAUGAUCUGCGUGUUAAGAUCUCUAAGGUCUGUUCUGAACUGAAUGUUGAUGGGCUGAGGGGUGAUAUUGUGACUAAUAGGGCUGCUAAAGCUUUGGCUGCUUUGAAGGGAAGAGAUAAAGUGACUGCUGAGGAUAUUGCAACCGUCAUUCCUAACUGCUUGAGACAUCGCCUCAGGAAGGACCCGUUAGAGUCCAUUGACUCGGGUGUGCUUGUCAUUGAAAAAUUCUAUGAAGUUUUUGGCUAAAGAGGUAUGUUUUUUUUUUCCUUUUUCUUUCUGUGAAUUAUUUAAACAACAUGCCUUUGUUUAUUGUUUGGCUUCAUUUUGUCCUAGUUUCUUUGAACUAUGAACAUAUUGAGUAGGAAGAAUAGCUUUCUUCACUAUAUUUUGUGACAAUGAAAAAUGAUUACAACA